CUUGUUCUCCAGGAUGUCAAAAUUCGAUAGUUUUAAUAAAGAUCUUAACAAGCUGAAGAAGCUUGAAUCAGACAUUAAGUCUCUUCUGUCUACAAAGAAAAAGAACCAGAAAGAAGGAAAGUCAUUGUCUAAAAUAGACUACAUGCUUAAUGGAAAAGUAGAGACCUUCAAGUACGAGGUCUCAAGGAUGCGAGAAGCAGUCUUCAAUAUGAACAACAAUCCUUUCAAAUUUGGAAUUUCAGAGAGGGAAGCAGAUAAGAGAAGAGAUAAGGUUGAUGCAUAUGACACUAAACUACAACAGAUAGAAUCGGAAAUCAUAUUGUCCAGCAAUGUAGGAAACAUUGGAUCUCUUAACCAACAGAACUCCUACGGUCUCCUGGUAGAAAAUGAUAUUGAGGAAAACCUUCUGGGAGAAGACGGGGAAUAUUCUAAUACUAGAGGUAAAUAACAACGCUGAAAUAAUAACUGUUGAGAAACAGAUGCUUAAUAAUCAAGACCACCAUUUUGACAAACUAUCGGCAAUAGCACAUGAACUUAAGUACGAAGCCCAGGAAGGAGGGAAGGAGAUAGAUGGCCAAGUCGAUAUGUUGGACACCCUUAACAGAGACAUGGAUAAGACUAACAUAAAGAUGAUGAGAGUAGAUGGUAGACUAAAGAAGCUAGUAGCAGAGAGCAAUCAUUGAUGCCUAUGGUGCAUCAUCGUAUUACAACUGGUAGGAUUAGUACUGCUCAUUGUUCUAUUGUAA